AUGGGUCAGACACUCUCUGAGCCCGUUGUUGAAAAGCAUUCCCGCGAGAUCCCGACUACCCCUCUGACGACGGUGGCCUACCAACCUGUGUUGGGCCACGCGACCAUGAUCCGCUUGUCCGAGGUUCUGUCCACAACAACUCCCUCGACCGAGCGGAUAUCACACCUCACCUCCGCAAAUGGCGAAGACGACCGGUUGAUCUAUGGCGUGUCGGCCAUGCAAGGCUGGCGCAUCAGCAUGGAAGACGCGCAUACUACAGUCCUCAACCUCCUAGCCUCCAACAAGGACGCUGAAAAGUCACACGCGAGCAGGCUCUCCUUCUUCGGUGUCUACGACGGUCACGGCGGAGAUAAGGUUGCCCAUUUCGCCGGCGAGAACAUCCAUCACAUCAUCGCAAAGCAGGAGACAUUCAAGGCUGGUGAUUAUGAGCAAGCCAUGAAGGAUGGAUUCCUGGCAACCGACCGAGCGAUACUGAAUGACCCCAAGUACGAAGAGGAAGUAUCCGGCUGCACAGCUUGUGUUGGCCUCAUCACGGGAGACAAGAUCUACAUUGCAAACGCUGGAGACUCGAGAAGCGUCUUGGGUGUCAAAGGCCGUGCGAAGCCCCUGUCAUUUGACCAUAAACCACAAAACGAAGGGGAGAAAGCGCGGAUUACAGCUGCCGGCGGGUUUGUCGACUUCGGCCGGGUCAAUGGCAACCUUGCCCUCUCAAGGGCCAUUGGAGACUUUGAAUUCAAGAAGAGCGCCGACCUAGCACCGGAGCAACAGAUUGUCACUGCUUACCCUGAUGUUGUGGUACAUGAUUUGGGAGAGGAUGACGAGUUCCUUGUCCUUGCCUGCGAUGGCAUCUGGGACUGCCAGUCCUCUCAGGCAGUUAUCGAGUUCGUUCGACGGGGUAUUGCUGCCAAACAGGAAUUGGAGAAGAUCUGUGAGAACAUGAUGGACAACUGCCUGGCUUCAAACUCUGAGACUGGUGGCGUCGGCUGUGACAACAUGACCAUGAUCAUUGUUGGCUUCCUCAGGGGUCGGAGUAAGGAGGAGUGGUAUGAGGAGAUUGCUAGACGGGUUGCCAAUGGGGACGGCCCUUGCGCCCCCCCGGAAUACGCCGAAUUCCGAGGUCCCGGGGUACAUCAUAACUUUGAUGACAGUGACAGCGGAUACGAUGUCGACUCGGAGCAGAAGAGUGGCAAGACUUUCGGGAUUGGUGGAUACAAGGGCCGCAUCAUCUUCUUGGGUGAUGGCACUGAAAUCCUUACCGACUCGGACGAUACCGAGAUGUUUGACAACUCGGAGGAAGACAAAGACCUUGCAAGUCAGGUGUCAAAGGGCUCGACUUCCGGUUCGGAAGAUGAUGCUGCCGAGGGCGCGGAGGGCGAGGCCAAGGGAGCCAGCCAGCAGGAGAAGCCGAGUGAGGAUGGGAAGACGGCGACGAGUCAGUCUGCCCCUGACUCCGAGCCGAAACCCGAGACCAAAUCCGACGAGGCAAAGGUCUCUGGGGAGGCCAAGAAGGACGAAUGA